CCCAGAGCCCAAUCAUGUCAUCGGCACUGCUUGCCCAGAACGGCAUGAAGCCAGACAUCGUUUGACCUUUCGCUGACAGUCCGAACCAUCUCGUGGCGUCCAGGAUCCUAAAUGCCAUGUCUGCAGCACUCACGAGCCUGAAACACAGACGGCCAAGAUUUACGAUGGAUGGCGCCAGUGCAACGCUUUGGUCGCGUCACCAGCCGCCACUGAUCUGCGACCCGUCGUUACUGAUCUACUAGGGACUUUGAGCGCAAACGCGGGGGUCUGCUGCAGGUUGCAUGGCAUACAUGAAGGUUUAUCCAUUAAAGAUCAGCAUCCGCUGCACUUUGAGACACCUUUACUCCCCCACAGUCACGUACUCCGUCGAUUGCAGAGGCAGCGAGUCAACAUGGCUCUUUUCGACAAGUCCUCGAGCGGCGAGGCGGCCCCCAAGGAGCUGAACGACCAUGUCCAGAAAGAACCGGUUCAGCAAGAUGUCGAGGUCGGCGAGAUCAAAGAGGAAAACAAGUAUGCCUACGACGACUCGCGCAAGCUGGGCAUUACAGGCGCUGUGUUCCUCAUCCUCAACAAGAUGAUUGGGACCGGCAUCUUCUCGACGCCUUCGAGCAUCUUCGCAGCCACGGGGUCGGUCGGCGUAAGCUUGAUGCUGUGGGUUAUUGGCGGCUUCCUCACCUUCUGCGGCCUCAGCGUCUGGCUCGAGUUCGGCCUGGCCAUCCCUCGCUCCGGCGGCGAAAAGAACUACCUAGAACACAUCUACCGCCAUCCCAAGUACCUAGCCACCUGCGUGCUCGCCUCCCAGAUGAUUCUGCUCGGCUUCUCAUCCGGCAACUCGCUCGCCUUUGGCCGCUAUAUCCUCUACGCGGCCGGCAACGAGCUCAAGGACAGCUACAGGGCCCGUGGCAUCGGCGUUGCCUGCGUCACUUUUUCCGUACUGCUUCAUUCGGUGGCCCCCAAAUGGGGCAUCCGGCUGUUCAACGUGCUGGGCAUCUUCAAGGUGGCCGUCCUAGUGUUCAUCGUCUUCUCGGGCUUCGCAGCCCUAGCGGGCCGGCGCCUCGUCCCGGACCCCCACAACUUCGACAACGCGUUCGCCAUCGAGUCCGGCGAAGGGUACGGCGGCGGCGGCGCUUACGCCUACUCCAACGCCCUGCUCAACAUCGUGUACAGCUACAAAGGUUGGGAAAACGCCAACUACGUGCUCUCCGAGAUCCGGGACCCGCGGCGCACCCUCACCAUCGCCGCGCCGCUCGCCGUCGGCGGGGUCACAAUCCUCUACGUGCUCGCAAACGUCGCCUACUUCGCCGCCAUCCCCAAGUCGGACCUGGCGACGUCCGAGGUGAUCGUCGCGGGGCUCUUCUUCCGGAACGUCUUUGGCGACAGCGCCGGCGCCCGCAGCCUGCCGGCGUUUGUCGCGCUCAGCAACCUCGGCAAUGUCUUGGCCGUCAGCUUCGCCCAUGCGCGCCUGAACCAGGAACUGGGCAAGGAGGGCCUGCUGCCGCUUAGUCGGCUGUGGGGGUCCAACAAGCCUUUCAACUCGCCUGCUGCUGCGCUGUUCCUCCACUGGUUGGUAACCAUCAUCGUCCUGCUGGCGCCGCCCCCGGGACCGGCGUACAACUUCAUCGUCAACCUGUACACGUACCCGGGCGCCUGGAUCAACAGCUUCGUCGCCGCGGGCCUCAUCUACCUGCACUUCCAGACCAAGGAGCCGUGGAACCCGGCCUGGCGGACAUGGCUGCCCGUCAUCGUAAUUUUCCUGCUGAUGAACGCGUUCCUGGCCAUCGUGCCCUUCAUCCCGCCCGCCGACGGCGACUUCUGGGCGGAUGGCUAUCCGUAUUAUGUGUUCCCCGUGGUCGGCGUGGGCGUCUUGAUCCUGGGCGGCAUCUACUGGACGCUGUGGACCAAGUUCUGGCCGGCUGUCAGGGGGCACAAGAUUGUGGCGGAGCGGAUUGUGGAUGACGAGGGGGUCGAGGUUAUCCGGUACCGCAAGGUUAAGACCCGUGUCGCGUAGGGGCGCGGGGUGGGGUGUGUAUUGAGAUGUUGUUUGAGCGAGGACAUCAGGAUAUCCCAGGGUCUUUUGUGGAGCAGCCGCGUACUUGAGCAGCAUGUUUCUUCACCCUAGCGACUGAUGCCUGACACUUCAAAGUGCUGGGGAUAUUCUAUAUUCGGUCUG